AUGCAAUCGAACUGUACUUAUUUUAAUAAAAACUGAUUUAAACUUUAUACAAAUGUAACAUUUUAAAUAUGACUUUAAAAUACUUUUAAAAAUGAAUAAUUGAUUGAUUGAAAUCUAUGUCAAAUCAAAAAUAUCGAAGAACAAAUUUUGAAGAGGAAGACAGUUCACGUGUAGAAUUACCAUCCCCAUCUACAAAUUUUGAUCCAAUGGUCGGCUUCCAGCAGUACAAGCUGAACUUCUGGCGUAGGAGAUCGACAUUAGAGAAGGUUCUUGCACUCCUGCUUCUUCUUUCCUUGCUCAUUAUUGCCAUUUUAGCUGUUGUCAUCCAUCUUAAAAGUCAUACAAAGUCACCGGGACCGGAAGGAAUAGAAUCAACGAGUACUUGUUUAAAAAAAUCUUGCAUAACUGCGGCCAGUUCGAUCCUGAACUCCAUCGACGAAAAAGUGGACCCCUGCAAUGAUUUUUACGAAUUCGCAUGUGGCACCUGGAUGAAGUCGAACCCCAUACCCAACGGCCACGCUGAGUGGGACACAUUCACCAUCCUCAAAGAAGAGAACAACAACAUUCUGAAGAGAUAUCUAGAGGCACCUCUUAAUGAGAGUUACAGCGAAUCACAGACGAAAUUGAAGAAGUUCUACAUGUCUUGCAUGGACCCGAAGGAAGAGAUUGAGAAGAUUGGUUCGAAGCCUGUGGUUUACAUGAUGCAGAAGAUGGGUGGAUGGUCUGUCUCUGAUAUUGCUGGCAAGUGGAAUGAGUCGGACUGGGAUUUUAUGAGAAGUACGGAGCUGGCUAUGGAUAAUGGCAUCCCAAUCUUCUUCUCGCUAUCCGUUUCAGAGGAUGAAAAGGAUUCUAACAAAAACAUUCUCAGAGUGGAGCAACAAGGUUUCAAUAUAAAUAGAGAUUUCUAUCUCAAUAAAUCUAUUGAUAAUGAUAAGCUGAUGUCAGCUUAUUUGAAGUACAUGACGUCACUUAGCGUGCUGAUGGGCGGGGAGGAGAACGAGACGAGGGAGUUGAUGAGGGAACUUCUGCUCUUCGAAAUGGAUCUGGCCGAGAUAACAACUCCGUAUGAAGAACGUCGGGAUGAUGAGAAGAUGUACAACAAGCAGAACAUUACCUACCUUCAAGAAAUUGCUCCAUUUAUUAAUUGGUUGGAUUACAUAAAUGGAAGAUUUUCCAAGGUGAACAUAACAAUAAAUGAAAGUGAGCCCAUCAUUGUUCCCUACCCAGAGUACUUCGUCAAGCUCAACACUCUGAUUAACAACACCUUACAUAAGGAAAAUGGCAAAAGGAUGCUGCAGAACUACAUAGUCUGGAAUGUGAUGGAAUUCUAUUCACAGUACCUCAACAAACCAUUCAGAAAAGUUAGGAAGGAUUUCAGGGAUGUGCUUACAGGUGUGGUAGGUGAGAGAGAGAAGUGGAGAAACUGCGUGUACGAGAGUGAGAGCAUCAUGGGCUUCGUGCUUUCCACCCAGUACAUUCAGGAGGAAUUCAACGAAGGCAGUAGAACUUCUGCAGUGGAGAUGGUGAAGUACAUCAGGAAAGCAUUCAUCGACAACCUACCUAACCUGGCCUGGAUGGAUGAAGCAACGAGGAAGGCUGCCAUUGAUAAAGCAGAGGCAGUUGUCGAGAAGAUCGGCUUCCCUGAGUUCGUGCUCAACACCACGGAGUUGGAUAUCAAGUAUGCCGAGUUGGACAUUCACGAAGACCAGUACUUCCUGAACUGCUACAAAACACUCAUCAACGGCAUGAACACUGGCCUCGCUAAGCUGAGGAAGGACAAUGAUAAGAUGAGUUGGUCAAUGACUCCACAAACCGUUAAUGCUUAUUACACACCCAACAAAAAUGAGAUCGUCUUCCCGGCCGGCAUACUUCAACUACCCUUCUACCAUAAAGACUACCCCAAGUCGUUGAACUUCGGUGCUAUGGGUGUAAUUAUGGGCCAUGAACUCACUCAUGGAUUUGACGAUCAAGGUAGAAGAUAUGACAAGACAGGUAUCAUGAGAAUGUGGUGGAAUGAGAAGAUUAUUGAGUUAUUCCAGGAAAGAACUCAGUGCUUGGUUGAUCAAUAUUCCAACUAUUCAAUUAAUGGAGACAAUUUGAAAGGUAAGAUGACAUUAGGAGAGAACAUAGCAGACAACGGAGGAUUGAAGUCAGCUUACUACGCAUACGAGCAGUACAUUGCCGACAGGACGAACAUUGAUCCACAACUUCCUGGCGUUCCUUACAACAGCAAACAACUUUUCUUCAUUUCAUUUGCACAGGUCUGGUGUGCAAAUUCGAAUGCAGCAGAUGUUAAGAACAGCAUCAUGAUCGAUACUCACAGUCCUCCAAGAUUCAGAGUCAUCGGAUCGGUGACGAACUUUCCAGAGUUCGCCAAACAGUUCAACUGCCCUGCAGGUUCGCCCAUGAACCCGCUGAAGAAGUGCGAGGUCUGGUGA